GUUUUUAUAAAGCGUGACAGUGAUCAUGUUGACAGCAGCAGCCUGUGCUCCCUCCCUCCAAGCCCGCAGAACAAACGCUAUAUUCAUCUGCUUCAGCUCGCAGUUAGCGAAACUCCCUGCAGGAACUCCAGGGCACUUUUCCCCACCGUUUGAGCUGCUGAACACAAUGCCAUUCAUGCCACGGGGCGAACACAGGCGAAGCGCCCGCUCUGUUAACCCAACAAUGUGGAGAACAUGCAGUAUUUUUGGAGCAUGGAGUCUACUGUUCUUGACAGAGGUCUGUGCGCAGACUCAGCGGAGACCAACCUUCACAUGCGGCGGAAACAUCACUGGGGAGUCUGGAGUAAUCGGGAGCCAGGGGUACCCAGGAGUUUACCCUCCAAAUACCAAAUGUGUGUGGAGAAUCACAGUCCCUGAGGGCAAGGUGGUGGUCCUGUCAUUCCGCUUUAUUGACUUGGAGAGCGACAACCUGUGCCGCUAUGACUAUGUGGAUGUUUACAGCGGGCACGCCAAUGGGCAGAGACUUGGUCGCUUCUGUGGGACGUUCAAGCCAGGAGCCCUGGUUUCCACGGGCAACAAGAUGCUCCUGCAGAUGGUAUCUGAUGCCAACACUGCUGGGAGUGGCUUCCUGGCUGUUUUCUCUGCUGCCCACCCAAAUGAGAGAGGGGACCAGUACUGUGGAGGCAGAUUGGACAAGCCCUCUGGGUCUUUCAAAACACCCAACUGGCCUGAGAAGGACUACCCAGCUGGUGUCACCUGCUCCUGGCAUAUAGUGGCACCAAAGAGCCAGAUUAUUGAAGUCAAGUUUGAGAAGUUUGAUGUGGAAAGAGAUAACUACUGCCGCUAUGACCACGUCUCCAUUUUCAACGGGGCAGAAAUCAAUGAUGCUAAGAGGAUUGGCAAAUACUGCGGAGACAGCCCCCCAGCGCCAGUGCUCUCUGAGGGGAACCAGCUCCUAAUCCAGUUCCUGUCAGAUCUCAGUCUAACCGCGGACGGCUUCAUUGGACACUACAAGUUCAGACCAAAGAAAUUCCCCACCACCACCAUACCACCCACCACUACCACACAGCCAGUCACCACCAGGCCCAUACCUCUGAAGUACUCUGUCGCCCUGUGCCAGCAGAAAUGCAAAAGACGAGGAACAAUUGAGAGCAAUUACUGCUCCAGCAAUUUCGUAAUAACCGGGACUGUCAUUACGGCGGUGAUGAAAGGGGGAAGUAUGUACGCCACUGUCUCCAUCAUCAAUGUGUAUAAAGAAGGUAGUCUGGCCAUCCAGCAGGCAGGAAAGACUAUGAGCACCAAGAUCAUUAUCUUGUGCAAGAAGUGCCCAUUUAUCAGAAGAGGCUUAAACUACGUCUUCAUGGGCCAGGUGGACGAGGAGGGCCGGGGGAAAAUCGCCCCUCACCACUUUGUCAUGGCGUUUAAGACAAAGAACCAGAAAGGACUCAACGUUCUGAAAAACAAGCGGUGCUGAGCUCCUUAAGCUCUGAGGUUCUCCACUAGACUGGUGUGCCUAAGGCUCAGCUGCGGAUGGAAACAACUGAGCAUAAAAACAAUCUCCAUCUCAACAACAUAAACACAGGCCACAAAAAACAAAUCUGGAUCUGAAUGCAGAGCUGCCAGCACAAAGCUCAAAAUCUACAUUUUCAUUCAGUUAACGGGAACACAGAUUUUUGUAUUUAUUAAUUUUGCUGGGGACCGUAUGUUUUUAGAAUAAACAAGAAGACAUUAAGAACUUCUGCUCUGUCUUCUAUUAAAAGACCGGUCAGUUAGUCUCUUUCGCAACCUCAGAUUAAUCAGCAACAAAUUAGUUAAAAUUUCCAUCCUUGUUCUCAGCUCAUUCGCACACUGUGUAGUCACAUUCCUGUUGUGCCCCUAGGAGGGAAUUAUACUGUAGCCAGUAACAGGUGCCUAGAGUAGGGUGCAUAGCAAUUCACAGACUCUUGUUUCAUAAGACAAAUAUUAAUCAGAUUGUUUAAAAUUUUCAGUGUGCACAUCUUUUCUGACAUCCUAUGAUGGCAUCAAUAAUUUAAAAAUUUUCCAUAUCAGCCAUUCAAUUUUAUUUCCCUUUGAGGCUGUAGAGUGCAAUCAGAAUUAAAAUUGGGAUUUUAUAUUCUUUAGUCUUCAUUAAACAACGAUAUCUGGCAGAAUAAUCUUAUAUAUCUCAAGCCUGGUUGGUGUUCAAAGGGGAUUUGUUACAGCUGAUUGUUGUAGGUUUAAUGACGGUGUUAACAGCCUGCCGUUAAUUUUCUGUGUGGUUAAUUUUAAUGGGCAGGGUUUGAAAGAUUUAAAUGUGGUGAUUAAAGUGCAAUAUUUAAUAUAUACAUGAUUCCUUUUAAAAAGAUUUUUAUGCUGGUUUUAUGCGAAACGACAAGGACGUUCCUAGCUAAAGCUCUUUAGUUUGUUUACAGAUGCAAAGCACCGCCAUCAGCAUACAUCAUUUAUUUACUGUCAUUGUUUUUAAAGGAAAAGGUAUGAAAUGAAAAAUAUUUUCAUAUGAAAAAGUCUGUGAA